AUGACGUCUUUAUUGUGGAGCCUGGUUUAUUGUGUCCCUCUCUUUUUAUCCGACGUACGGGGGACGUACCCGCUCGGCGCACCGGACCACCAGCGCGCCUCGGCGCAAAGUUACGCACAGAGCAGAAGUAACGCGCGGCCGCCGCACAGGACGCUCGACCCGUCAAAAACAGACUCUCAGUGCAGGAGCCGCCCGCUGGACCUGGUUUUCAUCAUCGACAGUUCUCGCAGUGUGCGCCCCGGGGAGUUUGAGAAGGUCAAGAUAUUCCUGGCGGACAUGGUGGACACGCUCGACGUGGGACCGGAUGCCACCAGGGUGGCUGUGGUCAACUACGCCAGCACGGUCAAGAUUGAGUUCCUGCUCAAAGAUCACCUCAACAAGCCUGACAUGAAACAAGCCAUCUCCCGCAUCGAACCGCUGGCGGCGGGCACCAUGACCGGCCUUGCCAUCAAGACGGCCAUGAACAAAGCCUUCACCGAACAGUCCGGCGCCAGGCCACGAUCCACGAAGAUCUCCAAGGUGGCCAUCAUCGUGACGGACGGGAGGCCUCAGGACCAGGUGGAGGAGGUGUCCGCUGCUGCUCGGGCCUCGGCCAUCGAGAUCUACGCCGUCGGGGUUGACCGGGCCGACAUGCGCUCCCUGCAGCAGAUGGCUAGCGUUCCUCUCGAGGAUCACGUCUUCUACGUGGAGACCUACGGCGUCAUUGAAAAGCUGACCUCAAAGUUCCGGGAGACCCUGUGUGGUGUGGACCCCUGCACCAUGGGACACGACUGCGAGCACAUAUGUGUCAGCAGCAGCGCCUCGUAUCACUGCAAGUGCCGGAGCGGGUAUGUCCUGAAUGGCGACAAGAGGACUUGUUCUCUGAAAGAGGUGAAGGUGAAGGUGAAGGUGGUGGAAGACCCCUGUAAAUGUGAGGCCAGACUGGCUUUCCAGAAGCAAACACAGGCUGCCAUCCAGCAGCUCACGGCCAGACUGGCAGAUGUGACGGGGAGAGUGGAGCAGCUGCAGAGCCUGGUGGGCCGCGGUUAG